AUGGACUCGGAGGGCGCGGAGCUCGUGCCUCUUGCUGCUGGCCCCGUUGCUGCCCCGGGCGACGGCGUGGGCCGGGCGUUCCCAGCGCUGGAGGUGGACGAGACGUGGCUCAUCGUCGACCCGUUCCACCCGGACUUCGGGAUCAAGCGGAACCCGCUGCCCUCGGCCCCAGCUGCCGGGCUGCAUGCCUUGGUAGUGGACAGCAGCGGGCGGCCCGCCGCGGCGAAGAAGGUGAAGGACUCCGAGGGUGGCUUCCUCGAGGCGGCCCGCAAGUGGUUGGACGACGUGGAGGCCGCUGAUCGAGGUGAGCGCAAGGAUGGCGGCCUGGAGGCACGUCUCCGACGGGCCCUGGACGGGGGCACGGCCUCGCCCGUGUCCGGCGAGGACGCCCGGACCCUCCCCGCGAAUUUCGACGAGCACGGGGGGCGCACGGGCAGGGAGAUGAAGCUGCUGACGGAGAUCUUGUGCCUGAGUGGGACCUACGACCAGAAUAGUGACCCCUCCCUGGCGUGCAUCGAUGCGGUGAGUCGCCGCGUGCGCCUGGUGAUAGAG